ACAUGGCACACCGCCAACAACCACUAUAACGGCGAGUCCGAGCGCAUCAUCGAGGCUGCCAUCAAGAACUACAAAAUUUCCGGAAAGAAACUCCAGAUUCUGACGAAAGGCUCUUGUACGCCGACGAGGAAAGCCCGCACGCCCUUCAUCAUGCACGAUCCCUCUACCAGUACCGAGUUCUUCAAACGCAUGGCGCUUCCCUGCGCCGUUACAUUCGAACAGGUUGAGGCCAGCUUGUCGCGUUUGGACACUGAAUAUAUCAAUAUCCUGUACAUCCACCAAUUUGACUAUACCAAUCCAAUUAUCGAAGAGACCAUGUGUGCGCUUCACGACCUUGUACAGUCUGGAAAAGUCCGCUACGCUGGCGCGAGUAGCAUGUAUGCUUUCGAGUCGAGUUUGUCGUGA